AUGGCAUCCUCCAGUAGUGUUCUGUUUGAGGAGCUUCACUGUUCAGUGUGUCGAAAUGUGUUCACUGAUCCAGUCAGCACUCCAUGUGGACACAACUUCUGUAAGAGCUGCCUGAGCAAGAGCUGGGAGAACAGUCAGAACUGCAGCUGUCCAUUGUGUAGUGAAACAUUCAGUAAAAGACACAAGCUCAAAACCAACACAACACUUAGAGACAUCGUGAAGCUUUUUGAUGAAAGGUAUAGCCUGCGAAUAUCUGGGGUUCUCUGUGACAUCUGUGAUGGGAGAAAGAUGAAAGCCCUGAAGUCCUGUCUGACGUGUCAGACCUCUUACUGUGAAACUCACCUGGAGCCUCAUCUGAGAGUCCCGAACUUCAAGAAACACAAAAUUAUGGAGCCUGUGAAGAAUGUAAAAGAAUAUAUAUGUCAGAAACAUGACAUACCUCUGGAGCUGUUCUGUAGAGAUGAUCAGAUGUGUGUUUGUGCGUUAUGCACUGACGGAGACCACAAGACUCACCACACUGUUCCUCUAGAGGAGGAGAGUAAAGAGAAGAAGAUUCAGAUGAUAAAGACUCAGAGAAAUCUGCAGAAGAUGAUUGAGGACAGAAUUAAGAAGAUUCAAGACAUCAAACACUCAGCAGAACAUAGAAAAAAAAGCACAGCACGAGAGAAAGCAUCCACUGUUAGGCUCUUUGGUGAUCUGCUGUGCUCCAUUGAGAGAUGUCAGGCCGAGCUGCUGGAGAUGAUGGAGGAGAAGCAGAAAGCAGCAGAGAAACAGGAUGAAGAGCUGAUUCAAGAGCUGCAGCAAGAAAUCAGUGAGCUGAAGAUGAGAAACUCUGAGAUGGAUCAUCUCUCACACACUGAGGAUCACCUUCAGCUCCUACAGAUUUACCCAUCCAUAUGCAGCCCUCCACACAGCAGGAACUGGUCUGAGAUCAGUGUAAACACUGAUGUGCGUGUGGAGAUGCUGAGAACAGCACUGACUCAACUGCAAGAAACUCUAGACAAUAAACUAAGUGAAGCUGUGUUGAGGAGGAUGCAGCAGUAUGCAGUGGAUGUAACUCUGGAUCCCGAUACAGCUCAUCCAUGUCUCAUCCUUUCUGAUGACGGGAAACAAGUGAAAGAUGGAGAUAUUAAUCCAAAUAUCCCAAACAACCCAGAGAGGUUUGAUGAUUUUGUUUGUGUCCUGGGGAAAGAGGGAUUUUCCUCAGGAAACUUUUAUUUUGAGGUGAAGGUGAAAGGAAAGACUGAGUGGGAUUUAGGUGUGGCCAGAGGAUCAGUGAACAGAAAGGGAAGAAUCACAAUGAGUCCUCAGGAUGGAUUUUGGACAGUGGCUCUGAGAAAAAAGAAUAGAUAUUGGGCUUGUCCUUGUCUCCCGCUGUCUCUGAGACUGAAGCCGCAGACAGUGGGGGUGUUUGUGGAUUAUGAGGAGGGUCUGGUCUCUUUCUAUGAUGUGGAGUCCAGAUCUCACAUGUACUCUUUCACUGGUCAGUCUUUGUUUUUUCAGUCUGAGAAACUCCAUCCUUUCUUUAGCCCAUGUCUCUAUGAAGAAGGUAAAUAUUCAGCUCCGUUGAUCAUCUCACCUGUUAAUUUCAGUUAGUAAACAAACAGCCCGCAAAAAAAAAAAGAUUCAUUUGUACUAAGAAUUUAAAUCUGCAUGUUUGUUUUUUACAUUAUUAUUUUGUUCUUUGACAUUGGUAGAUCCUGUAACUACAUUAUUUUUCUGCAAAAUCAACAAACAAAAAAUGCUAUUUAUUUCCCUGAAAGUUAUUUAUAUUUCAUA